UCUACAGUUCUAAACAAAUAUUAAUUGGUCGAAGUCGUUUGGCAAUCGUUCGCGGAUUUCGAUUAUCGUUUCUGUAAAUAUCUGGUCAUUUCGCUUAUGAUGCCAACUAAUCGUCGAAGGAAAUCAAACUCAAAGUUCGUUGAUGUAAAUGAAGAAUCCCUUAUUAUCAAGCAAGUACCUUUUGAUGUCCUUAAGUGUCAUGGUUCAGACUCGAAUAGGGUUGAUUAUCAUGGUAGUGACUCUAGUCUUAAUUCGUUGACAGAUGACGUGAAGAAUCUUAGUUUAAAGGAGAAGCAAGGGCUUGAAUUAGCAGGAAAGAGCGUUGUGCCCAUAACGCCUGUUGUUGGUCUAGAACUACCAAAGGUUGAAUUGAGUUAUUUCGAUGGUCAGGCAAGAGGGUAUUGGAAGUUUAUAAGGCAAUUCGAGACCUAUGUAGCAUCAAGAGUCACUGAUGAUAGCCAACGUUUGCUCUAUUUAAUGCACUACUGUAAGGGCAAGGCGAAAGCUGCUAUUGAGGGUUGUGUCAUGAUGGAAGCAUCUUCUGGUUACAAGAGGGCAAGGGAAAUCCUAAAACGUUUGUUCGGACAGUCUCACGUAAUCGCUCGGGAAACGUUGGAAGACUUAUUCAGUGCUGUAAAUUUUGACUAUACUGACGCGGAGGAAUUAUCAAACUUGGCUAUUAAAAUGGAAAACUGUGCUAUGGUCUUGGAACAGAUGAAUUAUACCUCUGAUCUAAAUUCUUUAGUUACUUUGGAAAGAAUAGUGAGACUCUUGCCUCAACCUAUGCAAGCCCAAUGGGCGGACUGGGUGGAUAAAUUGACAGAUGACAGAGAGCCGACGUUUCACGAACUCACUCAGUUUAUCGCUUCGCGUGCGAGAGUAGCUUGUAGUAGAUUUGGACGGUUAGCGAAUCGUUCAAGAAAAGGACAUAACGUAAAGACGAAUUGUCACGUGCAAUCGGAGCAGGGGAAUAGUUCGACAGCGAGAACUAAGUGUACUAUGUGUUCCUACGACAAUGCUAUUUAUAAGUGUCCACAGUUCUUAG